CCUUUACCGCUUUACAUUUCAGCCAUGUGCUUAUGGCUGGCGUCACCAAUAUUUGCAACGCUACCUUUCUUGAAAUGUUCCUCCGAAGAUAUUAGCCUCCCUCGCAUGCCAGAAGUGACGAUGUUGUCGGUUGCGGCCGAGCGCCUCGAGAACUACUCCCUCAUUGCAGAAGUUGCGAACCCGGAAAGACACUACGACAUCAACCUCAACUUCUGCAAUGUCACAAUCAACUACGGCCACGAAUGCUGGAAGGACAACGUGCAGGUUACAGUGUGGCUCCCACUGGAAGGCUGGAACGGCCGACUCAGCGGUAUUGGCGGUUCUGGGCUGUCUUCACUUUGGACAUAUAACCGCUUUACGCCCGCUGUGGCACGAGGUUAUGCUGCUGUUGGAACUGAUGCGGGUCAUGUCCGUAAUCCACUGGACGCGACUAGUUGGGUCCUUGAUACAGCGGGAAAUGUUAACUUCUUCUUCCUGCAAAACUUUUUUGCCCUCUCCCAAAGUGAGGCAGCGGUUAUUGCGAAGAAUGUCAUCACGGACCUCUACGGCCAGGGGCCACGGUACUCCUACUGGGACGGUUGCUCGACAGGUGGCCGCCAGGGCCUUACGUCGGCUCAGCGAUAUCCCACCGCUUACGAUGGGAUUCUUGCCGGAGCACCAGCUAUCAACGGGGCGACGUUCGUUCCAGCCAUGUAUUACCCGAAGUUUGUCAUGGACCAAAUGAGCCACCCGUUGUCGCAAUGCACAUUUGACGCCAUUCGUAAUGCCACCGCUGAGGCGUGUGACAACCUAGACGGUGUUCUAGAUGACAUCAUAUCUGCCCCAGACAAGUGUGAUUUUGACCCAUACUCGCUGGUGGCUAAAAGCUUUGAGGGUAGUGAGGAAGAAAGUACGAUCAGUACCAACGAUGCUGCAGUUGUGCAGAGGUUAUGGGAUGGUUCUAGACAGACAGAUGGGUCCCUUAUCUGGUACAGUAUGAGCAAAGGCACCUGCUCCGAUGGCUGA